AUGGAGCGUGUGCCCCGGGCACUGGCCGCGAAGAUGCGCUGGAUCAUGCUGCUGCUCGCCGGCUUGACUUUCUGGGGCAAAGUGUCGAUUUGUAACUGUUUCGACUACGAGGAGCCAGAGGUCGAGUUCUACGAGGAGGAGCGAGCGGAGAGCAUCGACUACAAGGACCCGUGUAAAGCCGCGGUUUUCUGGGGCGACAUCGCUCUGGACGAGGAGGAUCUGCGGAUGUUCCAGAUCGACAGGACGAUAGACCUCACGCAGCACACACACAUGCACACACACUCCCGGCAGGGCCACACGUCUGGCGGCCUGGAGGAACAUGAAAACCCAAAGAAGAGAGGCUCGUUAUACCUGCUGUUGGACAGAAUACGUAGAUUUGGUUUCGAUUAUCUCCCCAAGAACGUCAGCAAGGGAGCUGCCGGUCCCAAGAGCCAAACUGGGAAAGGUGGGAGGACUGGGAGCUCGGGGAAGAGCCGGACCCCUCGAGCGGCCACGUCUCGAGCCGAGAGGAUUUGGCCCGGAGGAGUCAUCCCCUACGUCAUAGGAGGAAACUUCACUGGCAGCCAGAGGGCCAUGUUCAAACAGGCCAUGCGUCACUGGGAGAAACAGACGUGCGUAACUUUCAUUGAGAAGACAGAUGAGGAAAGCUACAUCGUGUUCACCUACAGACCCUGUGGGUGUUGUUCCUAUGUGGGUCGUCGUGGCAACGGGCCCCAGGCUAUCUCCAUAGGCAAGAACUGUGACAAGUUUGGCAUCGUGGUGCACGAGCUGGGCCACGUCAUCGGCUUCUGGCACGAGCACACGCGGCCCGACCGCGACGAUCACGUGACCAUCAUCCGGGACAACAUCCAACCAGGCCAAGAGUAUAACUUCCUCAAGAUGGAGCCAGGGGAGGUGAACUCCCUCGGAGAGCCAUAUGAUUUUGAUAGCAUCAUGCACUACGCUCGGAACACCUUCUCACGGGGGAUGUUCCUGGACACCAUCCUCCCGUCCCGAGAUGAAAACGGCGUGCGGCCUGCUAUCGGCCAGCGGACCAGGCUCAGUAAAGGAGACAUUGCACAGGCAAGGAAGCUGUAUAGAUGUCCAGCAUGCGGCGAGACGCUUCAAGAGUCAACGGGCAACUUCUCGUCUCCUGGUUACCCGAACGGAUACCCUUCAUACACGCACUGUGUGUGGAGAAUAUCUGUUACACCUGGAGAAAAGAUCGUUCUGAACUUCACCACCAUGGACCUGUACAAGAGCAGCCUGUGCUGGUACGACUACAUCGAGGUCCGGGACGGAUACUGGAGGAAAGCUCCGCUGCUCGGCAGGUUCUGUGGAGAUAAAGUUCCUGACGUCUUGAUUUCCACCGACAGCAGAAUGUGGAUUGAGUUCCGCAGCAGCAGCAACUGGGUGGGAAAGGGCUUUGCUGCCGUUUAUGAAGCGAUCUGCGGGGGGGAGAUCACCAAGGACUCGGGACAGAUCCAGUCGCCCAACUACCCCGAUGACUACAGACCGUCCAAAGAGUGUGUGUGGAGGAUCACUGUCGCCGAGGGCUACAACGUCGGGCUCAGCUUCCAGGCCUUCGAGAUCGAGAGGCACGACAGCUGCGCCUACGACUACCUGGAGGUCCGGGACGGCCCCCUGGAGACCAGCCCUCUGAUUGGUCGCUUCUGCGGCUACGACAAACCCGAGGACGUGCGCUCCACGUCCCACACGCUGUGGAUGAAGUUCGUCUCAGACGGGACGGUCAACAAGGCCGGCUUUGCUGCUAACUUUUUCAAAGAGGAGGACGAGUGUUCCAAGCCAGACAAUGGCGGCUGUGAACAGAGGUGUGUAAACACUCUCGGCAGCUUCAAGUGCGCCUGUGACCCCGGCUAUGAACUGGCUCCUGACAAGAAGAGCUGUGAAGCGGCGUGUGGCGGCCUUCUCUCCAAGCUCAACGGCACCAUCACCACCCCCGGUUGGCCUAAAGAGUAUCCGCCCAACAAGAACUGCGUGUGGCAGGUGAUCGCUCCCAACCAGUACCGCAUCUCCAUGCAGUUCGAGGCCUUCGAGCUGGAAGGGAACGAGGUGUGUAAAUACGACUACGUGGAGGUGCGGAGCGGCCUCUCCUCCGACUCCAAGCUGCACGGGAAGUACUGUGGCACCGAGGUCCCCGAGGUCAUCACCUCCCAGUACAACAACAUGAGGAUCGAGUUCAAGUCCGACAACACGGUGUCCAAGAAAGGGUUCAAGGCCCACUUCUUCUCAGACAAGGAUGAGUGCAGCAAGGACAACGGCGGCUGCCAGCACGAGUGCAUCAACACCGUGGGCUCGUACGUGUGUCAGUGUCGCCACGGCUUUGUGCUGCAUGAGAACAAACACGACUGUAAGGAAGCUGAGUGUGAGCAUAAGAUCCACAGCCCCAGUGGGACCCUGAGCAGCCCCAACUGGCCAGACAAGUACCCCAGCCGCAAGGAGUGCACCUGGGACAUCACGGCCACGCCGGGCCACCGGGUCAAGAUCAGCUUCAGUGAGUUCGAGAUCGAGCAGCAUCAGGAGUGUGCGUACGACCACCUGGAGGCCUUCGAUGGGGACACCGACACGGCCGCCAUCUUGGGUCGCCUGUGCGGCAGCAAGGUCCCGGAGCCGCUGGUCUCCACCGGCAACAAGAUGUACCUGCGCUUCAUCUCCGACGCCUCGGUGCAACGCAAGGGCUUCCAAGCUACACACUCCACAGAGUGCGGAGGUCGUCUGAAAGCAGACGUCCGGCAGAAGAACCUUUACUCUCACUCCCAGUUCGGAGACAACAACUACCCCGGUCACACGGACUGUGAGUGGCUGCUGACGGCGGAGCAGGGCUACGGCAUCGAGCUCAGCUUCAUCACCUUCGAGGUGGAGGAGGAGGCCGACUGUGGCUACGACUACAUCGAGCUGUACAACGGCUACGACGCCAACUCCCAUCGACUCGGACGCUUCUGUGGCUCAGGGCCCAGGGAGGGGAUCUACUCGCCCGGAGACGCCAUGCUGAUCCGUUUCCACAGCGACGACACCAUCAGCAAGAAGGGCUUCCACAUCCGCUACACCAGCACCAAGUUCCAGGAGAGCCUCCACACCAGGAAGUGA